AUGCAUUCCCUCCAGUUGCAUGGAGCAGCGAAGCUGCAGCAGGUGACGCAGUUGAUGAAAUCUCUCGAAGAUGACCUAGCAGGGAAGAACUUGACGACAGAGCAAAGAGUCCAAACCCUCCUCCAGUUGCGGCAGCACGGCACGAACCCCACCAGCGCAGAGCCGAUCUACUCGCAGAAUGGAAUUAACACACUGGUGCGGUAUGGAGUUGAUGGGGAAUCCCCUGAGGUGCGACGUGCGGCCUUACGCUGCGUUGCCAAUGCCUUGUUGCUUGAUGCGAAAAUGCGACAGGUGUUCGUGGACACAGGUUACGGCGGAAAGCUCGCCGACAAGCUAAAGACCGAUAAUUCGGAAGACGAGAUGGUGACAAGUCGGAUUCUAUUCUAUGCAACCUACGAUACGACUAUGGACUUUGAAGACCUGAUCAAAAACCAUGCACUGGGAGAGAACGUCACCUAUCAGCUCGGGCGUCAUGCGAAGCAAUUCCCUAAGUCAGGGAGGACAUCAUUGUCCCAAAUGGACGAGCUGGCUCUAACAGAUACACUUAAGUUGGUGUACAAUGUGUCAAAACUCUUCGAUCUUGCUGCCGUCUUCUCCCCUUCUAUCCCUCACAUUUUGAAGAUCAUCAGCCGCAUUAAUAUUCCAUCUAAGCCCUUAGACGGAUUACUUGGCAGCCUCCUCAAUGCAUUGUCAAUACUUGAUCUAGAAGAAAAGAACGGAAAAGUGUUUGAGAGCAGCCCUCUUUUCCCGACAUUUAACCAAAACUGCAAUGUGGACAAGUUGAUCAACAUAUUGGACCGGGCCGUAUCAUUAUACAGCCCCGAUGAGCUGGAAAGCAAGGCAGUCCCGUUACUUUAUUCACUUAUCACCAUUCACGAGGUUGCACCCGAUGGGCCCCGCAAAUACAUGCAAUGGCUUCUUCUGCCGGAGAGCAGUGACCGAAGCCUCCCAAUUGGACAGUCCGAUACCCUUUCUUCCAAACUGUUGAAACUCUCAACUAGCCACCAUACCAACCUCAAGGUUGCGAUUUCGGAACUAAUGUUUGUACUCUCCGACAAAGAUGCCGAGAGUCUUACGAAGAAUAUUGGAUAUGGGUUUGCUGCAGGAUUCCUGGCUGCGCGCGGUAUCGAGAUGCCACAGAAUGCUAGCGAAGCUUAUGCAACCAAUCACGGCCCAGAUGCACAGCUCAACCCUAUCACUGGACAAAGAUGGGCUGCUGAGCCUAAAGAUGAGGGCCCACCAAUGACUAUGGAGGAGAAGGAACGAGAGGCAGAACGACUGUUCGUCCUGUUUGAGAGGGCGAGGGCGAAUGGUCUUCUCAAUGUUGAGAACCCGGUGACUCAGGCUCUUCAUGAAGGAAGGUUCGAGGAAUUGCCAGAUGAUGCUGAUAGUGAUUGA